UUCUCUCCAUCCCAGACUCAGCUAGCUCCAGAUUAGUCUAUAAAUAGCAUAGCGGCAUCAGUUGGUUUGGAAGAGCAACCAACAUAUUUCUUGGCAAACCAAGUAAGAUCUAGAGUCGGUCACAGUGUCUCUCAGCAGAAAUGGCUAUUGGGUUAAUCAACAAUACUAUCCUGAAAGCUUCUCCUGUAUCAGAUAUAGAUUGCCCCGCCUCCAACACUCUGGUACCUCUUACCAUCUUUGACAAAGCCGCCUUCGAUCUCCAUGUCGCCGUCCUGUACGCCUUCCGGCCACCCAUGCCUUCUAAUGAAGUCAUGAAAGAUGGCCUCGCCAAAGCCCUCGUUCACUAUCCCCACCUGGCCGGUAGGUUCACCACCGACGAGCACGGCCGCCCUUGUAUCAUUCUAAACAACGCCGGCGUCCGGGUUAUUGAGACUUACGUGCCAACCGCCCUGGCUGAGCAGCUCCCCUUUACCCCUUCUUCUGAGAUGAGCCACCUCCUCCCACCCCUAGAAGGUGUCGAACCGUUGCUCCAAAUUCAACUCAACCGCUAUGCCUGUGGUGGCCUAGUGAUAGGCCAAACUGCCCACCACCAUGUCUGCGAUGGUCAGUCCAUGAGCUCCUUCUUCAUCUCAUGGGCUAAGUUGGUGCGUGGACUCAACCUCGAAUCACUUCCUUAUCACGACCGAGCUGCUGUUUCCGUCCCAAGAAACCCACCCAGAACUGAAUUCGACCACCGUUCUAUCGAAUUCAGAAAGAGCGCGGCCUCAAACAACAACGAGUUCCUAUCCUCUAUCGUGAACUUGACCCUUCAUCUGUCGCCCGGUUUCAUAACCAAGCUCAAACAAAAAGUGAGCCAGGGAAACCAACGAUACAGCACUUUCGAGUGCCUUCUCUCUCACAUGUGGAAGAAGAUUACACAGGCUCGAGGCCUCCCACCGGAAGAGCUCAGCCAAGUGAGGGUGGCGGUGAAUGGCCGAGCUCGGAUGAAGCCACAGGUGCCGAUGGAGUACUUCGGCAACUUGGUGCUCUGGGCGUACCCAAAGCUGAAGGCAAAGGAGUUAUUAAACGAGAGCCAUGCAUACAUCGCCAAAGCAAUCCACGAUGCAGUGGCUCGGGUGGAUAAUCAGUAUUUCCAGUCAUUUAUCGAUUUCGGAGAGCUAUCGAAGGGAGAAGAAGAAGAAAAAGAGUUGGUCGCGACGGCGCCUGAAGUCGGGAACGCGCUGUGUCCCAACUUGGAGGUGGAUAGCUGGUUGAGGUUCCAGUUUCAUGAUCUGGACUUCGGUGGCGGAGGACCUUGUGCUUUCAUCCCUCCAGACUUGCCAGUUGAAGGCUUACUAAUCUUCGUUCCUUCCUGCAAGGAGAAAGGUGGGGUUGAUGUCUUCCUUGCUCUUUUACACCACCAUGUCCAAUACUUCAAAGAAAUCUGCUACUCUUUGGAUUGAAGCUAAGCUGCAGCAAAGGAUCGAGGAACUCUACCUUUAAGCCAAGAUGUCUUAAGUUUUUUUCUUUUUCUUUUAACUUCCUCUUUUCUUCUUUUGAGUGUAAGAUAUAUGAAUUAUUAUUUAUUUCUUCAUGCGUUAUAGUCUAUGUACUCGAUCA